AUGGAUGUAAAAGAUAAUUGUGAAGGCAAAAAUACCUCGACCUUAACCACGCCCUCACUCUCCUCAACCACACCCCCUAGCCACGACCAUAAUCACACUCUCAACCUCAUCCACGCCUUUAACCAUACCCUCAACCUCAAUCACGCCCCAACCACGCCCAUAACCACGCCCCCAACCUCAACCCCGCCCACCAACCACAUCCACGCCCACCAGCCACGCCCUCCAACCUCAACCACACCCCUAGUUACGCCCAUAACCACACCCCCAACCUCAACCACUCCCCCAACCUUCAACCUCAACCCACGCCCACCAACCCCAACCAUACCCACGCCCACCAACCUCAACCCACGCCCACCAGCCACGCCCGCCCACCACGCCCACCUUCGCCGGCGAUGGAGUCGUCAUCGGGAAGCGGCGGCGCCUCCUUGUUGA